GCUGGACCUUCCCCUUCCUGACAACCAUCGGCCACUUAUCAUUGUCGGCUCUCCAUCCAUCCUUGCUUGGGCUGUUUUGCUUCUCUUCCCGCUUGUCGACUCGUCAAGCCCGGCUCUUGUUCCGCUCCAUACAAGGAACGGAACUUUGUUGCUAAACCUCAGGUCAAAGCACAUCUCCCUCCUCCUCCCACUAAGCCUGUCGUGUGACGAGAAUGGGAUCCGACGCAACUCGUCACACCUCACCAACACAAAGAACCCGCGCCGGCUCGACCAACGCUUCCGCCGAGUUGGCCCUGUCCUCCACUGAACGCUGAGCGCAUUCGCUGCGCUAUAUAUCAAGGCCAUUCAUUGCCUGCGCAAUUGGCCUUCUGGACGUCCGCCGCGCCACCGCGUCUCCAGCCGACUGAGCGCAUCGAUUAUUCGCGAGCAUGGUGCGCAGACGCCCCCUCGAGGGCUCUCAGCCCCGGCCUGCUGUGUCUACCAAUGUGUACGGCCCGGAAGAUGAUGCCACCGAGUCGACAACGUCGCUGAGCACUGGUGCCCAAGACGUCGGUGACGGCGCCAACGAUGGCGGUCGGAAGAGCAAUUGGAGUGGCUUCGAUGACUUCGAGGGCCUUCCUUGGUGGCGCACGCCUUCGGUGUUUUGGCUUUUGUUUCCCUUUGCCGUUUUCACCUUGGCCUUUGGCGGUGUCAUUGUUCCCAAGCUGAACCUGAUUCUUGACCUCGUCUGUAAGCAAUACUUUGCCGACAGGACCCUCAUCGACCCAAAGCACCCCAUCAUCCUCGGGAGCGAUAAUCCGCAGUGCCGGAUCCCUGCGGUCCAGAAACAUGCGGCAACCUUUAUCCUUGUCCUCAACUUCGUAACCGGCGGCUUGAGCGCCAUCAUCGCCCCCAAGCUCGGCCACCUGUCCGACAGGUACGGGAGGCGGCGACUGCUCGCUGUCGCGUCCGUCGGCGGACUCCUCAACGAGUUCAUCACCAUCCUCGCUGCCCGGUUCCCCGAGACCGUCAACUAUCGCUGGCUGGUCCUUGGCGCCGUGUUUGACGGCUUGACGGGGUCCUUUACUGCCGGCAGCAUCCUGUCCCAGUCGUACACGAGCGACUGCACGCCUCCGUCGAAGCGCGCCGUUUCCAUGGGCUACAUCCAGGCAUGUCUCUUCACGGGCCUUGCCUUUGGGCCGCUCAUUGCCGGCUACUUUGUCAAAUGGAGCGGCAACCUCCUCGCCAUCUUCUACGUCGUCCUUGGCUGCCACACCUUCUUUAUGCUGUUUGCCGGCUUCGUGAUUCCCGAAUCCGUGUCCAAGAAGAGGCAGCUCGCGGCGCGAGAAGCCCAUCGCAAGGAAAAGGAGGCUCGCGCCGAGCAGGUGGGAUCAUGGCUAUCGGCGGUCCAGUCGUCGAACCCCUUUGAGCCGCUCCGCAUUCUUUGGCCCACGGGACCCGGCACUUCGACCAAGCUUCGGCUGAACCUGGUCGCCCUCGCCAUCUGCGACGCCUGCAUCCUCGGCGGCACGUUCGCCGCUGGAGCCUGCAUCGUGCUGUACAGUGAGUACAUGUUUGACUGGGGGACCUUUGAGACCUCUCGGUUUGUUUCGGCCCUGUCCAUGGUGCGCGUCGUCGUUCUCAUGGGAAUCUUCCCCGUCCUCAACUACUUUGGGCGCGUGCGUCCCGCGGCGCCGCGGCGCAGGCUGUCCGGGGUGACGCCCGAGGACAAGAACAGCGGCGCGGACCACUUGGACACCUGGAUCCUCCGCAUCGCGCUGUUCUCGGAGAUCUUGGGCUGCACUGGCUAUGUGUUUGCGCGGUCCGAGGCCCUCUUCUUCGGCAGCGGCAUGAUGACGGCCUUGGGCGGUCUGGGCAGCGCGACCACGCAGGCGGUCAUCACCAAGCAUGUGCCGCAAGACCGCGUCGGAAAGAUUCUUGGGGCCAUUGGGAUGCUGCAUGCUCUCGCGAGAGUUGUUGGGCCCGUCCUAUUCAACGGCAUCUACGCGGCCACCGUGGAGACGUUUCCGCAGGCCAUUUUCGUUGCGCUCGGCAGCUUGUAUGUCGUUGCCUUUGUAUCGAGCUUCCUGAUUAAGACGCAUAUUCACUGGGAAGACGAGCCUGCUGCGGGAGAGAGGGAGCCUCUGCUAGAUGCACAGCGGGCGUCCAACGGCGACGCAAACAUUGGCGCCAUAGACGAAGAAGACCAGCUUCGCGUCCAGUGAGGCGCGGCGCACUCUGGACCACUUGUCGACAGGGCACGGGGCUCUCCUCCUCUUCUUUUCCUUGGUUUUAUUUGGCGGGAUCACAUUUUCUGGCAUUCGAGGAGUUUGGGAGUUGGCAGCGACAUUGCAGUUGGAUACCUACUAUGAGGGCCAUGUAAGGGCGGGCAAGACGCGCAGACGCAAGCAGACAGCGGCUGUCGGUUCGGACACGGAGUCAUAUAGAACUCAUGCGACAUCCGUCUCAUGUAAAAGUAGGGACACGUAUGUGAAGCAUUCAUGUGAGAGAACUUGGAUGUGGCGUCCCCAAUGGGG